CGAAACAUUCUUUUCCGGGCGGGGCGAGUCGGGGUGGGGAGAGCGUCUAGCGGAGACCGCCUGAGCAAAGGUGAGAGGUAAAGCACGGAGCGGUUUGAGAUCGCCGCUCCUCGGAGGGUGUCGGAGUUCAGUUAAGUUCCUUAUGUCAUCCCCUGAAAUUGCUUCGCUCUCAUGGGGGCAAAUGAAAGUACAAGGCUCUACAAAAAUCUAUAAGGACUGCAAAGUGUGGCCAGGGGGAAGUCGGGAUUGGGAUUGGAGAGAAACAGGAACUGAGCAUUCUCCUGGUGUGCAGCCUGCAGAUGUGGAAGAAGUUGUGGAGAAGGGUGUGCAGAUCCUUGUGAUUGGCCGGGGGAUGAGUGAGGCCUUAAAGGUUGGUACUGGUACCCCCAUCAACAGUAGAGUACCUCAAGAAAAAAGGCAUUGAUGUGCGGGUCCUCCAGACAGAGAAGGCAGUGAAAGAAUACAAUGCCUUGGCUACCCAAGGCAUCAGGGUGGGAGGGGUCUUCCAUUCCACCUGCUGAUGGAGCCUGAAGAGAAUAAAUCACUGAACAAUGA